UAUAUUUAAAGAGAGGGAGAGAAGGGCGCAUUUUUGUACAUUUACGACCCUGUUUUAAGAGAUUUCUCAUCCAUUUCCCUUUCUUUUUUUCAUCACCAUCAUACACAGUACAAGAUCAUGGAAGCCAUUAAAGAACAAUCUCCGACGCCUGUACCUUCUUCGGGAUCGAAGCUGAGAUACCCACUGCGGUCUGCGAACAGAUCAAAGGUCGAGAAAUCAGCCGCGAUGCCGGAGAUUCCCACUUCUUCUGCAUCGAAGAGAAGGGCAGCAUCCAAUGUAAGCAAGAGUGUGAGUGUUCUUGAUCUUUCUGGCAAAGACAAAUCAGCCAAACCACCAAGAAGGCUCUCAAUUCCUGCGAAGUCAGCUGUCAGCCCUCUUCCAAGAACGGUUGGUGGUGUUACACCAAUAUCGGAAACUAGGAUAAAGAAGCCGGCUAACAAUCAAGGGAAAAGUGAAACGCUGCUUUCCGAUGUAUCGAAGUUGGCAAAUAGAAAGAAAUUCAGUGUUCUGUCAUCAGCUUCUUACUGGAUAUCUCAGAUUAAGCUAUCCGAAUCUGCUUCUAAGCAUUCGAUUUCACUUGGGUUCUUCAAGCUUGCCUUAGAAUGUGGAUGUGAGCCGCUGCAGCGAAUGCGGGAUGAGCUGAAAUCAUAUGCACGUCGGCACAACCUUUUAGAACUUGGAGAACCUGCUAAGGAAGUGUUUGAAAGCUACAAUGUAUUAGAAGAUUUGGAGCAGUUACAAGCCUCUGAGACCUGUUCUCAGGUGCCUGAAUCAUCAGAUGGAGAAAGCAAUGCAUCUUCAACCACAAAAGCUGGGAGUCUGAAACCCAAGUCCAUUAAUUUGGAAAAUAUUCGUACUUCAUCAGUCAAAGGAGCAGUAAAGAAAGAGGGCAUACAGAAAGGAAUGCCGGCAGCCAGGAACAGGACAUCAUUCAAUAGAAACUCCAUCACCACCAACUCUGUUAAUGGUAGUAAUUUACAGAAGAAAACUCAAAGGGCAAUUAAGCCGGAAAUUAAUGGAGGAAACGGGAAGGUCAGGAAUACAGAAAAGAAAUCCUCUUGUGAAAAAGAACCAACUGAUACAUCUGCUGGGGAGGAGGAGACUCAACAGGAAGACAAAGAAAAUAGGGAUGAUGCACCAGUAAUGGAAGAGGUCAGCGUGAGUGGUUAACUAAGGAUGAACUUCAAACAACACCAAAGAUGAAGAUGUUGCAUUAAAGUUCAUACAUGUAUUUACUUUUGUGGAUUUUCUGUUGAGGUCUUUUUUUUUCUCAGUAGGAAAGGAGGGAAAGGGAAGUGUGAUGACAGUUUUAAUUGCUGUUAUUAUGUAGUGUUUGAGCAUGGUGUGAUGACUGUUUGAGAUGAGAAUUGCUGAUGGCUAUGUAUUAUUCUUUUAUAAAUAUACUAUAAACAUAAAUGUUGGAUUGUUUUUUU